GAGAGAUUGAGCAGCUCUGAACUCUUAUAUUUUGGCUUCUUCCAGUCUUGUACGAGCGUAAUAACGAGUGUUUGCCUAAUCUCAGCGUAUUGUAGUUCGCUUAUAGAAUGAAAUCUUUCUUCACUGUCGCAUUGUUACUCGUGAUUGUAGUUAUCUUGGAUGAAUCAAAAGCUAAUUUUCGCCGGAGGCGAUUUCUGGUUAGAAGUACAAACGCACUAAGAGAACUAGAAAGGCUGAUCCUAUUGCAAAGCCGUAAACAAGAAAAUAACAAACGUGAAUUCCAAGAAGAGAUGCCCACGGAUGAAGGACUAGGAUCAGACGAUGAGUCCAGAGAGGGAACUGGAGAAGGGUCAGGCGUUGAAACUGGAGAAGAGUCUGGAAAGGGAAAUAAACAAGAGUCCGGAGAGGGAAAAGAAGAGUCGGGAGAGGAAACUGGAGAAGAGUUCGGAGAGGUAACUGGAGGGGAAAGUGAAGAGUCUGGAGAGGAAAAAACUGAAGAAGAGUCCGGAGAGGGCACUGAAGAAGAGUCUGGAGAGGAAACUGGAGAAGAGUCCGGAGAGGAAACUGAAGAAGAGUCUGGAGAGGAAACUGGAGAAGAGUCUGGAGAGGAAACUGGAGAAGAGUCUGGAGAGGGCACUGGAAAAGAGUCUGGAGAUGAAACUGGAGAAAUGGCUGGAGAAGAGUCUAGUGAUGGAUCUGUUGAGAGCGUUGAAACGGUUAAGGAAUCAAGAGAGAAGUCUAGUAAUAAAUACAGAGAAGAGGCUGAUGAUGAGGAAUCCGGUGAUGAGGAAUCGGGCUCGUGUGGCGUUGAGGAGGAAUCUGGAUCAGGCGACAUUGAGGAAGAUUUCCAUCCUUCCAGAAAAUCAUCAUUACCGAGUCGAGUUCCUCGUUCAUCAGGCAUGCAGAAAUCGGGCGAACCCGCAUCUAUUAGUUCUCGUCUAUCUGCGAAUGACAAUUCAGUGAUUAUCGAUUGAAAAUGGACGGAUGCAAUGGUAACAAUAUUAUAUUCGCUCCAAAUAGAGCUGAUGGACGUACCUAAAAUGACUUCCUCAGGGAAAUAGAAAUUAGUUAGGCCUAGAAAUAAUUUUUUGUUUUUUUAAGUUAUUUGUUCACACAUAUGCGAUUCAAGUAUGUGUAUAAUAUUUCGCUUAGUUAUAGCAUGUUUGGUGUUUAGGCCAAAUCCCAGUCCCUAUAAGCGCGGCGUAAGAUAAAUUGAUAAACUGUAACUUAUA